AUGAGUAUUGAAUCAGGCGAUGCAAAAACUAAAGAAGUUGUCGAAUUGACUGAGGAGCGGGCACAUGAUAUCGAGGGAUCUGUUCCAAGUGCGGGUGAUGAGAAGUACCCCGUGACUCCUUCUGAGAGGGUCAGACUGCUACGCAAGAUUGACUUGUACGUCCUGCCUCCGAUAUCGAUUUUGUUCUUUUUGGCGUACCUUGAUCGUUCCAACAUUGGAAAUGCCAAGCUCUACAAUUUGCUAGCAGACCUGAACAUGACCUCUGAGGAAUACCUUGUGUGCUUGUCUGUGUUUUUUGUUGGGUACUGUGCUUUUGAGAUUCCAUCCAACAUUAUGUUGAAGCUGCUAUCGCCAAAGGUGUGGCUUCCAACAAUCAUGAUCGUCUGGGGUCUUGUUUCGACACUUAUGGCUUUGUCUAGUUCCUACGGAGGACUGCUUACGGCAAGAUUUUUGCUCGGAGCAACAGAGGCAGGUGUGUUUCCCGGUGCAAUCUUUUAUCUAUCCAUGUGGUAUGGUCGCCGUGCUCUUGUCACAAGACUGACUCUAUUUAACAGCAGUAUUUCCAUUGCUGGUGCAUUUGGUGGAUUACUUGCCUGGGCUAUAGGAAAAAUGGAUGGAAUCGGACAUAAAUCUGGAUGGUUUUGGAUCUUUACCCUCGAAGGAAUAGCAACUAUUUUAGUUGCAUUAAGUGGUUACUUCUUUGUCAGAAGAUUUCCAAGAGAAGAUAAAUUCUUGAGUGAACGGGAAAAGAGUACUUUGGAAACAAUUUUGAGAGAAGAUAAUGAUUCCUUCAGAGAUGAAAAAUUCUCUUGGAGCGAGGUGCGCAAAGCAUUCAAUGAUUACAAAUGUUGGCUUUAUAUGAUCUCAUGGAUGGGUAUUGCUUUGCCAGAAUACUCGCUGACCUUGUUCCUGCCAACAAUUAUCAAGAACUUGGGCUAUACUGCUGCCAAAGCUCAGUUGCUUACGGUUCCUCCUAAUGCAGUUGCUUUCUUCUGUGCAGUUGGUGGUGCACUAUUAUCUCAGAAGAUCAGCCGUCGUGCUCCAAUUAUCAUUUUCGCGUUAUCGAUUGCUUCAAUGGGGUACAUUAUCCUGCUAACUGAUGCAACUGUCUGCGUGCAAUAUCUAGGAACUUUCUUUGCAACAUGCGGAAUGAUGACCGCCUCUGCGCUUCAAUUCACCUGGGUUGCCACUAACGUUUCAGGUCAGACAAAGCGUGCCGUUGCUACAGCUAUCCAGAUCUCGUUUGGUGACAUUGGUGCGGUCAUUGGAUGUCAAAUGUACCGGCCAAACCAGGUUCCAAGGUACUGGCUUGGACAUGGAAUGUCUUUGGGAUUUCUGGUAAUCAGUAUAGUCGCAUCUACAUUGCUGUGGUUCCUUCUGAAUAGAGAGAAUGCCCGCCGGGAUGUGAUCACCGAUGGACCACCAAAAGACCAGUCCUUCAUCAGCGAGCCUGAUUUCCAAGGAGACGACGACGUGAGAUGGAGAUUCAUUGUUUGA